AUGGGGGAAGCGGAAAAUCGUGUGCCCUUCUUUAUCUUUGGCGAUUCCUUCUUAGACGCUGGAAAUAACAACUACAUCAACACCAUCUCUUUGGGCCAGGCAAAUUUUUGGCCAUAUGGAGAAACUUUAUUCAAGUACCCCAGUGGGCGCUUCUCUGAUGGUCGCCUAUCUGCAGAUUUUAUUGCGGAAUAUGCAAACUUACCAUUCAUUCCACCGUUCUUACAUCCUGGCGUUCAUCGGUUCAGUGACGGAGCAAACUUCGCCUCUGCUGGAGCUGGUGUUCUAGUUGAAACCUAUCCAGGACUGGUAAUCAACCUCAAAACGCAGCUGAGCUACUUUAUGAAGGUAGCAAUGGAUUUGAAACAGGAACUAGGAGAUGAUGAAGCCAAGAAACUGUUAUCUAGAGCAGUUUACUUAAUUAGCAUCGGAGGCAACGAUUACGCUUAUCCUUUCUUGACCAACUCCAGCAUUCCAGAAUCCUCACUACAUGUGGGCAAAGUGAUUGGCAACUUGAGUAGUGUCAUACAAGAAAUAUACAAGAUAGGAGGCAGAAAAUUUGGUUUCAUCAGAAUGGGGCCGUUGGGUUGUUUGCCAGGAAUGAGAAUAAUCAAACCAGAAACUAAAGGAGGUUGCUUAGAGGAAAUCUUAACACUUUGCGAACUACACAAUAAAGCUCUAUCGGAACUCUUCAGAAAACUCGAGACCCAGUUAUCGGAGUUCAAAUAUUCAAAUUACGAUUUCUAUACAUUCCUCGACCAACGAAUGAAGUACCCCUCAAAAUAUGGUUUCAAGGAUGGAGAAAGUGCAUGUUGUGGAACAGGACCCUUCAGAGGGGUCCCCAGCUGCGGUGGAAGAAGAACAGCGAAAGAAUAUCAGUUAUGUGAUAAUCCCAAUGACUAUGUAUUUUGGGAUUCUUUCCAUCUUACUGAUAGAGCAUAUCAACAAAUGGCGGAGCAGAUGUGGACCGGAACCAAUCCUGUUGUAGAAGGAAAUUACAAUAUGAAGAGUUUCUUCGAGUUUGCACCAUAGCUCAUCUCUCUCUCUCUCUCGUGAGAGAUAUAUAAUAAUACAAUAUGGGGCACUCCUCCAGCUUAUGUGUUGUUCAUCAAUAAAUGAAUUGAGCCAAAUAAAUAUAUGAUUUCUUC